AUGAGGGAUUUUGAGGAACCUCUGGGAGGAGAGCCAAGACAGGAGCCCUGGGUAGGAAAUGAGAACCUCACUUCCGUCAGAGAAUUCAUCUUGGAGGGACUCACUAACCACCGGAAGACACAGAUUUUCCUCUUCCUGAUAAUUCUCCUCAUUUACUCACUCACUGUUAUGGGGAACCUGGCAAUCAUUAUGUUGGUGCGAGCUGACUCUUCCCUCCACAACCCCAUGUACUUCUUCCUCGCAAACCUUUCAGCCCUGGAGAUCUGUUAUGUCACUUGCAGCAUGCCGCAGAUGCUGGCCCACCUUCUGUCUGGAAACGGAGCCAUCUCCUUCAACCGUUGUAUGCUGCAGAUGUACAUGACCGUUUGUCUGGGCAGCGUUGAGUGUUUUCUGCUGGGCGCCAUGGCUUAUGACCGCUACUUGGCCAUCUGCCACCCUCUGCUGUAUGUCGUUGCCAUGAGUAGGUGGCGCCAGGUGCAGCUUGCCUCUGCCUCCUGGGUGAGUGGCUUCCUUCUUACUUCAAUAAAUGUGGGCUUCAUCCUUCACCUUCCUUACUGUGGCCCCAACCGCAUCAAUCACUUCUUUUGCGACAUGCCAAUUGUGUUGAAACUUGCUUGCACUGACAUACGUGUGACAGAGCGCCAUGUUGUUCUAGUUGCUGCACUGAUAGUUGUCAUUCCCUUUUUCAUUAUCCUGACCUCUUACAUGCUCAUACUGUCUUCUGUGAUACGAAUGCGGUCAGCUGCCGGACGGCGCAAGGCCUUCUCCACAUGUGCCUCCCACUUGGUAGUGGUUAUCUUGUUCUAUGGCAUCCUUAUCUUUGUGUACCUGAUGCCCGGGUCAGACACAGCCCCUGAUCAGGACAAAAAGCUAGCUGUCUUUUACAUUGUGAUCACCCCAUUGCUCAAUCCUAUCAUUUAUACCCUACGGAACAAAGACAUCCAUGGGGCCGUGUCCAGGAUGCUGCAAAGAUGGCGCUUCAAACAUAAAUGA